AUGGACUUUAAAAUAUAUGAGAGAUCUGAAUUAAUAUUUUCACUUUGCUGUUUCCUAGGAUCCACAGUAUCUCAACCAGUAGUGCUAACUUUACCAGAUAAUCUUGUAAAAGAUUCACCUAGAGCCUACUGGUCUGUCCUUGGAGACCUUCUUGGUUCUGCCAUGCAAAACUUACAGAAUCUUCUUCACCUUCCUUUUGGUUGUGGAGAGCAGAAUAUGGCCCUAUUCACUCCCAACAUUUACAUCUUGGACUAUCUGAGUCAGACACAACAACUGACAGAAGAGAUCAAAUCCAAGGCUAUUGGAUACCUGACCGCAGGAUAUCAGAGGCAGCUGUCUUAUAAACACUUAGAUGGAUCAUAUAGUACCUUUGGACAUAAAGAUCAACAUGGACAUACAUGGCUCACUGCAUUUGUUUACAAGUCAUUUGCACAGGCUAAACGCUACAUUUAUAUUGAUGACAAAGUUCAAUCCCAAACCCUUAUUUGGCUCUCAAAUAUUCAGAAACCGGAUGGCUGCUUCCUGAAUUUUGGCAAAGUCUUCAACAAUGCUUUGAAGGGAAAAGAAGAUGAUGACAUCUCUCUAACUGCCUAUGUUAUCAGCGCCCUGCUUGAAGCUGGCCACCCAGUCUCGUUUACGGUUAUUCAAAAGGGCCUCCAGUGCAUAGAGACCAUAUCUAGGGAGAGAGCUGUGACUACUUAUGAACAGGCUCUCCUAGCCUACACUUAUAGUUUGGUAGGCUAUGAAGACAAAAGGGAAUUCUUCCUCAGUGAGCUGAGCAAAAAAGCAAAAAAGGAAGGUGGCUCUGUGUACUGGGAACUGGAAGAGUGGUUUUCUACGAAAGGAUCAUCGUCUUUCUACUACCAUCAGGCUUCCUCCGCAGAUGUAGAGAUGACCUGUUAUGGGCUGUUGGCCCUUCUUUCCAAGCCACGGCUAACUUCAGAAGAACUUUCCUAUGCCUCUCAGAUUGUACGCUGGGUGGCAAAGCAGCAAAACUCCCGUGGAGGUUUCUCUUCCACAAAGGAUACCAUUGUGGCUCUCCAAGCUCUGACUCUAUUCCAGAGGCUCACUUUCUCCAAGAGUAGACAAAAUUCAGUGCAGAUUUUCUCUGACCAAGCAUUCAAUACAGCCUUCCAAGUGAAUGAUAAAAAUCGUUUGUUGCUACAACAAAUUCUAUUGCCAACAACUAAGGGAAAGUAUAUGGUGGAAGUGAGCGGCAAUGGCUGUGUUUAUGUGCAGCCUACUCUGAGAUAUAACAUCCUGCUCCCUAAGAAGUCAUCUGGAUUUUCCCUUUCUGUGUAUACAGCCAAUGUUUUCUGCAGAGGAUUAUUUGAUGCAAAAUUUGACCUUGUUGUUUCAGCCAGUUAUUACGGAAAGCGCAACUCUUCCAACAUGGCAAUCAUUGAUGUGAAGAUGCUUUCAGGAUUUGUCCCCGACAGACCGUCAGUUAAGAAGCUUCAGGAAGAUGGCAAAGUACAGCGAGUAGAAAUCAAAACCACCCAUGUCUUUUUCUACCUGGAGAAUGUUACUCAAAAAGAAAUUCAGUUCUCAUUCUCUGUCAAACAAGAUGCACUCGUAUCCAACAUCAAGCCAGCAUCUGUUCAGCUCUAUGAUUAUUAUGAAACCGAUGAAUUUGCACUUACAGAAUAUAGCACACCCUGUGGUCAGAUGUCUUUUGAAACCUCAUUCUAGGAUAAGAAACAUGAGCUGUAAAAGAAGAUACUUGGUAACUGGGCUAUAUGUCAAGUUCGUUCCUGGAAGCAUUAAGCCUGCCCUUCCCAAAAUCUUCAACCGGCGGAGACCAGGGCCAGUAGACAAAUGCUCCAGCCUCUGCCUUUAAGUCAAGAAUAGUGGGAGGGGUUCCAAAUGCUUCUUAUGAAGUCCCCUUGAAACCCAUCUCCCAGAUUUUCAGGAAGCAGCCUCAUCAACAAAUCCGUAAAUUAGCUCUUUUCCAUUUUUGUCUCAGUCUCCCUGCUCUCUCACUCAUGUUUCCUGGGAUCCCCUCUGAAAUGAAAUGAAUUAUCUGCAUCCAAGCCCUAGCCUCAAAUUCUACCUUCAGGACAACCCAAGCAGAGAAUGCCUAUCCCGUCAAUCACUGAAUGACUAAAGAAAAUAUUUUGUUAGAUAAGGAGUAUUCCAGUGUGUUGAUACUUUAGUUGUUGUACGUGUUUCUGAAUAAUUUCUCUGGGAACUGUGAAAAAGCAAGAACUCAUGUUAUAUAAAUGUAAACAUGUUUAUUUUCCUUGGCAACUAUUGUUGAGUAAAACCUGACCAGAAUUCAUGGUUGUUUAUUUUUCCAGUAAGAACCUAUGUAUUUUUAACUUCCAUUUUAAAACUGUAUUUUCUCUUUCCAGGUAAGUUUAGCAUGAAACAAAUACACCCCUGAUCUCCUCCCCAAGCCAAUCACUUAGAGUAUCAUUUCUGAAGAUAUAUUUGUAGAGUUUUCUUGACAAUAACAUAUUAUACACUUGAUUUAAUUAUAAGAUCAAAUAUUCAUUAGUAUGUUAUUAAACAGAUAUAUUUUAGAAAAUUAUUUUUGUACAUGUACCUAAAGUGUUUACUUAUAUGUAAUUGUUAAAAUAAAAGAAUAAAUGUAUGUUGUUGUGAGCCACAAAGUAUGAGAUAAUUUGUUAUUGCAGCAAUAGAAAACUAAUGCUCUAUCUCAUAAAUAUCUCAAACAUAACGAACUUAAACAUUUCAAACGUCAUUGUCAUUCCUAGCUGCUCCCUAUCACAGUCAAUCUCACUCCAUACCUGGUCACCCAGUCAUCUCAUUAAUGGAGUUGCAUCCACCAGAAUCCUGUGGUGCAGGUCCCAGACGUGUGUAUUAUGCUUAUUUCUCCCUGGCUCGCAGACUUGACAUUCAUCAGUAAUACCUAUCUUUUAUACUUCCAAAAUCAAUGUUCUAAAACAGAGCUUUAAAACUUUCUUUUCGUUUGCUUAGAUCUCUUCUUCAGCAGCUUUCCAUUGUACAUCAAAUAGCGAUGAAGACUUUACCAUCGUGUACAAGGUUUUAAAUGGAAUAGCCCCUGUUUAUCUGUCAAAUAUUAUUUUAUUCCACUUUCCCACUAAAUCUCAGUGACUUCUUUCAGUUCUGGCUGUAUUCAAGUAUUCAAACCAUACAAUAUCUAGAAAAGGCAAAACUAUGGAGACAGUAAAAAGAUCAAUGGUUGCCAGGGGUUGUAAGGAGGGAAAGAUAAUUUGGUGAAACACAAAAGGUUUUAGGGCAGUGAAACUACGCUGCAUGACACUAUAAUGUAUGUUAGAUACAUGUCAUCAUACAUUUGCCAAAACUCAUAGAAUGUACAACACCAAGAGUGAACCUGAAUAUGAACUAUGGCCUUUGGUGACAACGGUGUGUUAAGUAACUUCAUCAACUGUUAACAAAUGGACCGCUCUGGUGCAGAAUAUUGAUAGUGGGGAACCUGUCCAUAUGGGAACAGAGGGUGCGCAUGAGAGCUCUCUCACUUUCUGCUCAAUUUUUCUAUGAAACUAAAACUACUCUAAAAAUAAAAUAUAUUUUAAAAAGAUAUUAAGGGUAUCUUCAUUAUUGCUGCAGUAAUGGAGAUUUUAAAACCCAACCCCAACCUCAGUGGCUUCCAACAAUAAGUAUUUAUUUCUCCCUCUUAUCGAUCUGUGGAUCAGAUGUGGCUACAUUGGGCUUAUUUGGACUUAGCUAACCUUGUGCCCAGAAUGAUGAUUGGUUUUAAGUCUGAUCCAUGUACCCGUCAUCGCAUGGCAAAGAACCACUACAAAGGCCCUGAGUACAGAGCCUUGACUUGUUCUGUGUAAGAGAUUCGUAAAUAUGUCAGUCAUUAAGUAGCAGGCAUGCGUAUCAUAGAGGAAUGCUAAUUAAAUAAGUUUUAACCAUUUUUGUUGUUGUUAUAAAGAGCGCCCGUAGCUCCCGAAUCAAUUUCUAAAAAUUGUGCCUUCCCAAACAUUUGUUCUUUGGUCAGCUUUUUAAUGUAUUUUUUCCUUAAUCCUCAUUGGCAUCACCAUGGACCUAUGCAUGAUUUUUCAAUAAAAUAAAAGAAGAGGUGAUUCCAAAGAAUAAACCAUGUUAUAGAAAAUUUUACUACAAAAAGUAUGAUUGAAUAUAUUUCCAAGCAUUGAUAUGCUACUUCAUCAAAUGGGAUUGGCAAUCCCAUUUGUCAGUUAAGCAAAAAAGCAUCCAUUAUUGCAGGGUGU